AUGGACUACGUCCAGGACAUUCGCCGCGAUGGCACCCUUCCCUACCCGAAUCUCAUUCAGAGUUACGCAACGGCGAACCAACACCAUUUCUUCCUCGAGCCUGAGAAACCCACCCGGGAAGGUGGCGCCGGUAAACAGUACCAAACCGCCAUAGAAGCCUCUAUCGAGAAUUCGAUCAAGUUCCGCUUCACAAAUUUCGGUUCCACUACCCAUGUAUACCGGAAAGAUAGGGCCGGGAAAGGAUCCCACUUCAUUACGUUCUAUCGUCGCGACCGCGGUGAUUUUGAUCAUGGACUUGCCCGUUCUAACGAGGAUAUCUACGAAUGUGCAAAGAUGAACAUCUUACGCCAUCCGCUGCGUGAUGACUUCAACAAUCCGGACUACGCUUCCGAGCAACGGCCUCCUAUCAGUAACCUAGUCAAGGCUCUGAUUCGCCUAAACAUUUACCCGGCAAUCCCGAAUGCGGUUAUGUGUGCACCGCUGUUGCCUCGGUGUGGCCCUAUCUCUUCAACACCUGAGGAAGGUCGUAAGCCAGGGCAGUUUUCUAAGCCUAAGCAUACGCAACCUACGGCCCUUACCAGUGUGUUUGAGAUACCGGAACUUUGCAUGGCGAUCAUGCUAGAGAUUGGCCAUCGUUGGGGAGACUUGUCUAACCUUAGUCGCACAUGUCAAACUAUCAUGUUUGCACUCAAUGCCAUCUCAACACGCGUAGACGUCCUUAGUGGCAACUUCCUGAACCUAGAAUUCAGCGACGCCGAGAUCGAUAAAGCCAACGCAAAAUUAAACGGUGAAGAGUUGGAGCUGGGCAAAUUUAUAAAGCCCCCCUCGCCACAAUUCCUGGUCCUCUCAAAUGUCCGACCACCCUACAAGGCCCCGGAGGACGGGGAGGAUAAACCGAAUAGCUUUGGAUUUCCUGCUCGUCCAAAGGGAAAGAUCUCCAGGCCGACCGCAGAGAGGCGAGUGAUUGAUACUUAUCGAUUCUUACGAACAAUUGAUGUCCGUGGCCAUCAUAUCAAAAUCCUCCAUCUCCAUUCCGUUCCAAAUUUUGACAUUGCCCUUCUCAAGAUGUGCCUUGAGCGGUUACCAAACUUGGAGAUACUCGGAGUUUACAAUUGCGUACUUCUGCAUUUCGGCGAGACCGUCGAGUUCCUGAAAGCCAUAAUUGCGCACAACAAGAAACCCGGGAACAAGUUCGUCCGUUCUGAUUUCUCGCCUGUCUACUACCCCGGACUUCCCGUGGGGUCGGAAGGGCGAACGGGAGAAUACGGGGUUAUACCGUCGGACCAAGGAUUGAUAGAUACCCGCAGAGCGAUCGUGGCAGUACUGCGUAACGUUGUCUCUCUCGCCCUGAAGAAUGGCAUAGACUGGUUCACGCCGGGCGCUGCUAUGCGGCAGUAUCUAGAACGAAUCCCCUUUGCCCUCGGCACACUUCGAUAUAUCCUCGAGGCCUGUUACAACAUCUACUACCACGAACACGGUCUAUACUACCCAUUUAUUAAAGAUGUCUUGAAACGAGGUAUAACAUUCGAUAAUAACGAGCCCCGACACGAAUCAAUGCGUUGCACCGUAUAUAAUGAUCUUAUACUGGCGACUGAGGGAAAACCUAUGCAACGAGACCGCUUGGUGGCCUUGACCAUGAGUGCAGGCUUUCACAAGCUUAUAAUAUGUGCGUUCUGCGCAACGCCCUUGCCAGCGUACUUUUUUACGGAGGAGUCGAUAAACCGCCGAUCGGACCAAGUUGAAUGCUGCGGUUGUCAGCUCGGCACUCAGCUAGAGCACCACGUCGAUAACUUCUUCCAGGAGAGGAAGGGAGUAAUGCAUUUCCUGUUCGACGACGAACAGAUCACGGACAUCCACAGUUUCCUCAAUGCCAAGAGGACCGCCACGCCCGCAGAACUUCGCAAUUCGAAGUUCGACUUCUGGCUCAUAUCCGUCAAAAGCAGAGAGGAAGUAUUAGCAGCACGGCCCGACGACGCCGAUGCUAUUAUCCUGGACGGGCGACCCGGCCCCAGCCACGACGAAGAGGCGAAGCAGAUCUGGGUGUGGAAAGAGCGCGUCGCGAAGGCGAUGCGAUACGCGAAGCGCAACAUAGACGAGGGGCUUAAGAAAUCUAUGGAGACCAUUGCCGACUGCGAGAAGGACAUCGGGAUCUUGAAUGACCUAUACUACAACGGACACCUCCAAAAUGCUUACGAGAUCAGGCAGAACCGCAACACGGUGGACAGCAUCGAGCGCUACAUCGAGCAGGAACGCGCCCGGUGCGGCUUGGCGCAGAUGAGGGGAAAAUUUGGGACUACACUGGCUGCGAACUGGGACGACGAGAUCAAGAAGUACCGGGAGAUUGUCCAGAUCAACACUGGGCUGAUCAAGAACCACGGCCCUCGCCACGUGUGGGAGACUCGGGGCGGCAUCUUUUAA